GGGCACUGGACACAAUGAACUUUGAGGUGAUCAAAGGCCAGCCCAUCCGCAUGAUGUGGUCCCAGCGGGACCCAGGACUUCGCAAGUCAGGUGUGGGCAACAUCUUCAUCAAGAACCUAGAGGACUCCAUCGACAACAAGGCUUUAUAUGAUACCUUCUCCACCUUUGGGAACAUCCUCUCUUGCAAGGUGGCGUGUGACGAGCAUGGCUCCCGAGGCUUCGGCUUUGUUCAUUUUGAGACCCACGAAGCGGCACAGAACGCCAUCAGCACCAUGAAUGGGAUGCUGCUGAAUGACCGCAAAGUUUUUGUUGGCCAGUUCAAGUCCCGACGGGAGCGGGAGGCGGAGCUGGGGGCGCGGGCCAUGGAGUUCACGAACAUCUACGUGAAGAACCUCCAAGCGGAUGUCGAUGAGCACGGCCUGCAGGAGCUCUUCUCCCAGUUUGGAAAGAUGCUGAGUGUGAAGGUGAUGAGGGACAACAGUGGCCACUCCCGGGGCUUUGGCUUUGUCAACUUUGAGAAGCAUGAGGAAGCCCAGAAGGCUGUGGUCCACAUGAACGGGAAGGACGUGAGCGGGCAGCUGCUGUACGUGGGCCGGGCCCAGAAGCGGGUGGAGCGGCAGAACGAGCUGAAGCGCAGGUUCGAGCAGAUGAAGCAGGACCGGCUGAACCGUUACCAGGGCGUGAACCUGUAUGUGAAGAACCUGGAUGACACCAUCGACGAUGAGAAACUGAGGAAAGAGUUCUCUCCCUAUGGAGUGAUUACCAGUGCGAAGGUGAUGACAGAGGGUGGCCACAGCAAGGGGUUUGGCUUUGUGUGUUUUUCCUCCCCAGAAGAGGCGACAAAGGCCGUGACAGAGAUGAACGGGCGUAUUGUGGGCACCAAGCCACUAUACGUGGCGCUGGCCCAGCGCAAAGAGGAGCGGAAGGCCAUCUUGACCAACCAGUACAUGCAGCGCCUAUCCACCAUGCAGGCCCUGGGCAGCCCCUUCUUGGGAUCCUUCCAGCAGCCCGCCAGCUACUUCCUGCCCGCCGUGCCCCAGCCUCCAGCGCAGGCUACGUACUACGGUUCCAGCCCUGUGCCACCCGCCCAGCCUGCCCCCAGGUGGACGGCCCAGCCACCUAGACCUUCAUCGUCACAAGCUGCCUACCCUCCAGCUGCCUCCAUGGUCCGGCCACUAGGCAUUCCUCGGCGUCCCCCGGGCCACAUCAGCAGUGUCAGGCAGGCCUCCACCCAGGUGCCACGCCCAGUGCCCCACACCCAAAGAGUGGCCAAUAUUGGUACCCAGACCACCGGACCCAGUGGGGCAGGAUGCUUUACACCAGGGCGGCCUCCCCCUCCAUACAAAUGUUCUUCAGCAACACACCACACCUCUCGGGUCCAGGAGCCCGCGGUGCACGUCCCCGGACAGGAGCCCCUGACUGCGUCCAUGCUGGCUGCCGCGUCCCCACAAGAGCAAAAGCAGAUGAUUGGGGAGCGUCUCUACCGCCUUAUCCAUGGCAUCCACACACAGCUGGCCGGCAAGAUCACGGGCAUGUUGCUGGAGAUUGACAACUCGGAGCUGUUGCUCAUGCUGGAGUCCCCAGAGUCCCUCCAUGCCAAGGUGGAGGAGGCAGUGGCUGUGCUGCAGGCACACCAGGCCUUGGAGCCCAUGCACUGAAAACAGGUAGGUAGGAGGGUGGGCGUGGGGGGGUUGGUGAGAGCAGCAGCUGAGCCCAGGAGAAGCUGUAAAGAACUGGGCAGGAACUGGCUGCCACAAACGGAGAACCAUGCUGUGUCACUGGCUUUCUCUGAAGAGCCAAGGAGUUUGGGGAGAGCCGUGAGAAUCAAAGGAGAUGGCUAGCUGUGUGACUGGAGGGGGCGUUGGGGACGAUGCAGAGUGCAGGAGGUGCUCUCUUGCCAGCCACCCUGCCCGGCUGGGCUUUCCCUGGGCACUGCCGGCUCCACUCGCCUGCCAGGAGGUCUGGCCUGGGCUACUCCACCUUCUUCGUCUGCCGUACUCUAGAAACAUUCAUUUUUACCUUUUCGUUCCCAGAAAACGGAGUCCUCACAUCCACAGCUGCCAAAGGAACAGCGUUUCCUGUUCGCAGCUCCCAGGCCCUUGUGAGCUGUAACUUAAUUCCCAAAUGGUCCGUCUGUACUUGAGCUCUGUAUGUGGAAUGAAGGUUGGUCACCCAGCCAGCCUAUGACUUUUGCUUUGUGUAUUAAAAGUGCUGCAAAAUCUG